GACGCGCCCGGGGGUUCCAAUUCGGGUGGUGAAUAACAUGAGGAUGUGCCGUGAUUGCCACGCCGCGGUGAAGAUGAUUUCUUUGGUUUAUGGUCGGGAGAUUAGCGUUAGAGACUGCAAUAGGUUUCACCAUUUUGCAGGUGGUGCGUGCAAUUGCAACGACUACUGGCAAGUCGCCAUCUUCCUUCCUUUUUGGUGUCCCCCUCAGCAAUCACUGAGAGAUACUCCGUACAUUUAACCAGAAAGAGAUCGCCCUAAAGUCAAACUACACGCCUGGGUGGAAUAUCAAAUCAAUUGAAUAGUAAAGCAAGCAAUUCACUGAUGGCGUAUAUAUAUGUCUGUGAGGCCUGCCGUCCGGUGUCACCUCCGCCGCGAGACUCUCUCAGCUCCGCCGUAAGUUUUCAGUCCUCCUUCGGUUCGGACGUCCGGUUUUCCAAGAUCAUACAUUGUUGGAAUCAAGAACAAGCAUUAGCCACUGGUGAAAUUCCAGCAACUUCAUAUGGCUGAGAAAUGUGGAACUCAUUGGCUUUUCCAUGGCGAAAUUGCGCUUGACAACGGUCUGCGUGCCUUCCUCUAUUUCGUGGCUCUUUUCUAUUGUUUCGUUGGCUUGUCGGCCAUCACCUCUCGGUUUUUUCGGUCCAUGGAAACUGUUGUGAAGCACAGCCGUACAGUGGUGGAGACCGAUCCUCGUACAAACACCCGAGUUGUCAAGAAGGAGAAGGUCUGGAAUUACACAAUUGCUGACAUCACGCUGCUGGCCUUUGGGACUAGCUUUCCCCAGAUUUCUUUAGCUACUAUAGAUGCAAUACAAAAUCUUGGAAAAUUACAUGCUGGAGGUUUGGGCCCUGGAACACUUGUUGGUUCUGCAGCAUUUGAUCUGUUUCCUAUACACGCGGUUUGUGUUGUGGUUCCUAAAGCCGGCGAAUUGAAAAAGAUAUCAGAUCUCGGGGUUUGGAUUGUGGAACUUUUUUGGUCUUUCUGGGCUUACAUUUGGCUCUACAUCAUUCUAGAGGUCAAUGAACACACAAUUUUUUCUUUGAAAAAUUGUUUCAAUUUUGUACACCUUCUGCUACUUUUUGCAGGUAUGGACUCCAAAUGUGGUCACAUUGCGGGAGUCUUUGUUGACGGUUCUCCAGUUUGGGCUGUUGCUUGUACACGCGUAUGCGCAAGACAAGCGUUGGCCAUAUUUGUCCCUCCCACUGAAAAGAUCAGAGAGGCCCGAGGAGUGGGUUCCUGCAGAGGAUGCCACACAUGGACUUACCGUUCGCGGAGAAUGCCUUGAAACACAAUGUGACGGCGAUGAAGAAAGUAGGGAAAUUGUU